AACAACUUACAUGAAAUUUCACGAUAUUUCACGAAUAUGUCAUCAAUGUUUAAAUACCUGUAUAAAUAAACUUCAUCCACGCCAAUUCUGUGCGUCAACACGUCUUCACCAAUUGUCACCAAAACCUCAACAUUAAACAUGGCAAUCGCAAAAACCGACCUGUUCGACGUAUCGCCACUCUGGUUGCAUGACAACAAAUCCGAGCUUUUAUCACCAACAAACGUUACGUCGUCCCCAUAGUCGUCCCCUGACGUAACACUGCUCGAAGUCAUCGAAAAAGGCUCCGUAUUCCCUCAAAAAUUUCCCAUCGAAACCGUACGUUGCCACCAACUUCGCACACUCAAAAUCCCCGAAAAUGUCCUCGAGAGAAAUAUUAAUUCGGUCUAUCCUCUAAUACACGAACAUGCCCUUCGUCUUUAUGCUAUGUUCCUCACCCAUCACACAAAAUGCGGCAAUCACCAGUUUUACCAAAACAUGUCGCUGCUGGAACUUGUUGAUAGAUUACUGAGUAAAAGCGCAGUGUUUUUCUUAGAUCCCAAUGACUACUAUAUGCUGAUGGAUGGUACUGUAGGGGAAGGUGGAUGGGAAAACGUUGGUACUCCUAAUGAGGUACGACCACUGAAACUCGAAAACUGUCUAAGUUACGACGAAAUGAAACUGUCGGCGUUCUUGUCGGUAUCGUCGCAUACUGUCUUCGUUAAUGAUGGUAAAAGAGACAAUUGUGGGGUUUUUGAAAAAGACAGGACGAGAAUCGAAGAAGAUGGGUUUGACUGGUACUAGACUGGCUACGGAAAACGUGAUGGAAUAUUGUGAGAUCAUGAAAACGCCUACCCAAAACAGUCAUCGCUUUGGGUCUGGACACUCCUCCGUUCCAACACUACAAGGAAUGUUUUUGAACUUUUAUGGUGACGCUGGUUUUAAUUAUGAAGAAAUGUUGGCCACAAUGAAGAACUGUAAACACCGUUAUCUUGGAGAGUUCUACGAUGGUUCCUAUUUUGAUGGUCUGGUGUAUAGAAGAAGAAUUUCUUUGUCAAUAGACACUCUCCUUAUUGAAGCUAAUCACAGAGCUAAUGUUAUAAACAAAAUGGCGUACGUCCACGUCGUUGGGUUAGGUUUAGGUGUUUGGAGACUCUACGAAGAACAAGACGAAAUAUUCAUGGAUACGUUUGCAACAAGACUCGAACUUCUCUCAGACGUGCUAAUGAACAUCAGUGACGUAUGUUUUGCAUACAUCGACCACAAAAUGGCCGGCAGCUACAAACAUGGCGACAAAAUAGGCAACAUUAAGUUGCAUAUGGUUGAUAAAAGCGGCCCACAUGUAAAACUAACGGGAGAAGAUGAAGGAAAAUUGUUGGUGGUGUCGUUUUCCUGGGACAGUAAUACUUUACCAGGAAACGAAUUCUGGGCGGGUACUUUAGACAGUAGUAGUUAUCCAGCAGCUGCAUGCUCUACACAAGUGGCAGAAUUACAUAACUGGCACAUUAAUAGCAAAGUUAGCGGUGGAAAUUUGAGGGUUGCUACUUUGAAUGGGUUGGUUACGUUUCAAGAGUACCAGCAAAUGCAUGCAAAUGAUUAGUAUUAUUACAGUGCUAACCUAUUGUGACAUUUAUGAUGUCUGUGUAACAAUAAUAAUUUACGUCGAUGUCCAGUUUUGCCGAUAUUUGAACAUGAAAAUGUCAAUUUAGCUGCAAAAUUGUAACCGAAUAUUAAUGGUACACCAGAAUAACUCCAAUUCCGUGGCUCAUCAAAAUAGCCCCGACAAAAUAACCUCCUCAAAAAGGCCCCGUCAAAUUAGCCCGGUAUGAAAUUUUUGCAGACAGGAAAAGAAAUUAUCAUUAUUUUUUAUUUCAUAAAGUACAAUGAUAAUUUAUAGUUCAAAUGCUAGUUAGAGCUGUCAAAUCAAGGUUUUAUUGAAUAAUUGGAAACACUAGGAAAUCUUGCAAACUAAAAAAAAUAUUAGUAAAAUAGUAUUUUACCACACGAAAAUAUAAAGUCAGUUUUUUUAUUUCAAGAAUAUUGGGUAAAAGAUUGUAGACACUGCGAUAACCCAAACUUCCCGCCUUUAAAUUGACCUUGAAAAAUUUUGAACGGCCCGCGAAAAAUUCAAAAAUUCAAAAUUUGGCCUUGGCUGUGAUCGUCUAACAAAAUGGGAACCUACGUUGUGUGUGUGUUUUUUUUGAAAAUUGGCGGGAAGACGUUGUUUCAUACAAGUAAGCAUAUACUGCGGGUAAGAUGCCACCCCUCUCAGAAGGAAAGAAGCUGCGAAGAUUCACUCCUCAGCCCCAAAAACCCCCUACCGUAUAUUCACGGACAUAUUUAUUACAUUUCAAAUGAAACACCUUCAAAAUAUGAAAGGAAAGACAGUCGCGAAUCUCUGUUUGGAAUCACAAGCUGAGUUUGGGGCUACCGGUUCGGGGUGGUCUCCCCCGCGACGCUAAUUCUAUCUAUCGGCAAGCCCACCGCAUAGCCUCUCUCCAUUACGAACAUGCCGUCCUAACCAGGCCGUUUCGGUCGAAAACUAGGGGUAAAGUCAAACCAACAACACCCCAUCGUCCAGACCGUUUCCACUGAAUCUAUUCAAAGCCUGCAACCCUUGUGCAGAUGGCGCGAUAAAUCCCACUAGGAGCCGCGCCCUACGCUUCUGCCAUGUGUUUGGUUGUUGGUUGUUAUUUAACCUCAGUUCCACUUUUAAAUGUUCAAUUUCAUUUAACUCUGAUAUUAACAACAAAUGAACAAGUGUUAAAGUUUCAAAAGUGCAAUAAACAAUAUUUAAAUACUCCAUACAAUCUUGUGAAAUGUUAAACAACAAAUAAUUCAAAAGAUCUAGUGUGAAAUAAACUUGUGCAAAUAAAAAUAUUUGUGGUUAAAACUCCAGAGCAUGGAAUUUAGGUUCAAUUAAAGUUGUAACAACAAAGAAAAUUACUGCAGUUAAAAUUGCGAGCUAGAGAAAUAUAGUAUGAGGUGAAAAAUUGCAAAGUUAACAAAAUUUACAUGAGAUUAAUAUUUGCCACACUUUAUCAACCAUUCAAACGAAGAGUUUACAUUAUGUCAAAUUAUAUCAUGACCUAUGUGAUUGGUUAGUUCAAAAAAACAAUUUACUUUGAGAGUUUAACAUACCUCAAACUGGUUAUCCCAACAAAAUACAUAAUAAACAAUUACAAAAACAUCCAAUCAUCGUUUCGAGGAAAAAGCGUCUCGGUGAUGUAAUUUUUUAUCGUUGCGAGGACAUGCCUCGAUGAAGUAAUCAAUUUGUAGCGUUGUGAGGGCAAGCCUCGAUGAUGUAAUCAAUCUUAACCGCCUAAGGAAAGAAAUUGUUUUAACCCCCCGCCAGUUCGCAGUAUAAUGAAUUUUGUUUAACUGCCGUAAAUGAACUAUUAGCAAUCUUGUGUGAAGAAUUAAGAAGUGUUAUGAUGUAACAGUUACGCAUAUGCAUCCAGAAACUUAUUCGUAGUUUGUUAAACCGUGGUCGACUAGUAUAAAGAUUAUGGCCUGUCCAAGAGGUACCAUACGUGUUGCCAUCUAUUAAUAAUUACACUUAAUAAUUUGGCAAAAUUUUAAUUUGAUUUGACAUUAUGAGACUUCAAAACGUGCAAUGGUCGUUUGUUUCGGUAUGAAUGCCUUUGUGCCUUUCAAAAAGUGUUAAUAAUUCUUUUGUCGUUUUAGAAUUAUUAAUAGAUGGCAGCACGUAUGGUACCUUUGGACAGGCCAUAAUCUUUAUACUAGUCGAUUAUGGUUAAAGAAAGAAUUAUUAUUCUGACUAAAUGAAUUUCAUGAAAUCUUCUAGCAAGUGGUUUAUUUAAAUAAUGCUGAUUGUUAAAUUGUGUUAACACUAGCUGACGAUUAAGAAAACUAACUUGACUGGUGAAUUUACAAACAAUAAAACAAAUUUACAGCACGUGUUCUGCGUUGAACGCAAGUCUGCACUUUUUCGAUUAAAAAGGUCGCAAGAAUUAGCCGCGCGGGCUGAGAACAACUGAGCGCCGACGGCGUUACGAUUGAUUGUCAUUAAACAAAAGCUUCCUCCCUUUUAUUAACUACCAAACCAGAUAAUUUAAACCUAGCUACUUACAACGUCUUUUCACCAUGCAUCCACUACACCGAACCGAAAGAUAAUGACUCCCGCUUUCAACAUGCUGCCUUCUGUCUACCAACCAACCAACCAACCAACCAACUCUCUAACUAAAAUCCCCCAAGCGCUACUAACUGUCCAACUAUCCUUCAAGCGUUACCGUGCACCUGGUUGCCUAUGUUUAACAAUUUAUAAUUUGAAUUCUUUUUUUCUUUCACAAAAUCAAAUUAUUCAAAUGUGAUCUGGCGCCGCUGUUAAUUAAUUUCAGCGCGAAAAUUUUGAUUCAUAUUUGGUCACUACAACGGAUGAUGACAAAUAUUUUUAAAUACUGUUUUUUAUAACUAUUUUUUACUAGUUAGUCAAUAAAAUACCAGUUAAUAGAGUAAUAGAAUACAACGACAUACCUUAC